GAUACCCAGGUGGGAAGAGACCAGCUAAAUAAAUAUAAAAAUAAAGUGGAGAAACUCUGCUGAACAGAGGAAGAUAAACAGUUGCAUCCUUGACAAUUUCCCCAAACCAGAAGAUCAUCUACUCACUCUUAUCCUCCAGAAUGUGGCUCCAGGUGUCUCUCCUCUGUCUGUCCUGCUUCACUCUACCCAGCCGAAGCCAAGCCCAAGACCGAGCCUCCCUCCACCGCUCCAACGACCAAGGCGGGCGCUGCCACUACACCUUCACCGUGGCCAGUCCAGAGGAGUCCAGCUGCUCCGGAAGCAGCAUCAAUCCAGAGAUGGAUGGAGUCUCAUCCCGACUCACCCUGCUGGAGGCUUUAGUCAGCCGUCUCAUAGCGGGAGCGGAUGGAGGCACCGGGACUGGGGUAAGGGCUAGCAGUGGAGAAGACAGUCUCCAGGAAGCUUACUCCCAGGUAACAAGGGAAAGAAACCAGCUGCAGCAGGACAAAGAGCGUCUGAACGGGCAGGUCCAGGAGCUGCAGAGGAGGCUGGCCGAGCUGAGUCGGGAGGCAGAGAGCCUCAGGCAGAAACCCUGCCAGCAGACACACACCUCAGGGGGGACACAGCGUGAAAACCGACCUGCCAGUGACCGUGCAUAUGAUUUUGGGAAUGGUGCUUACCAGGAGAUGAAGGCUGAGGUUUCGGAGGUUCCAGCAUCCCGCCUCAUUCCUGAGGGAAAUCACAGCUUCACAGGCUGUGGAGAGCUGCAGUCAGUGGGAGACCCUGUGCUGCACAGGAAGGCUGACACCAUCACAGGCAAAUAUGGAGUGUGGCUGCAGGAUCCUGAGCCUCAGGGACAUUAUUAUACCAACAAGACUGUGUGGCGCAUCGACACAGUCGGUAAAGACGUCCGUCAGCUCUUUGCAUAUGAAGACAUGCAUCAAUUAACCCAAGGCUUCCCUAUGAAGGUCCUGGUCCUGCCAGAGCCUAUGGAGAGCACAGGGGCAACCAUGUACCGCGGCUCCCUUUACUACCAGCGCAAACGUAGCCGCACCCUGAUCCGUUUCGACGUGGCCUCUGAGAACCUGGCAUCACGCCGGGAUCUGCCUCACGCCGGCUUCCAUGGCCAACAUCCUUACUCAUGGGGCGGCUACACUGACAUCGACCUGGCGGCGGAUGAACAGAGCCUGUGGGCGAUCUACAGCACAAGCAAGGCAAAGGGUGCGAUUGUGAUUUCCCAGCUGGACCCCCAGAGCCUGGUGGUGAAGAAGAGCUGGGAGACCAACAUCAGGAAGAACACAGUGGCCAACGCCUUCAUGGUGUGUGGACGCCUGUACACGGUGGCCAGCUACACCGCACCCAACACCACCAUCAACUAUAUGUUUGACACAGCCACCAGCGUGGGGCAGGCUGUCGCUGUGCCCUUCAAGAACAAGUAUCGUUACAACAGCAUGAUAGACUACAACCACGCUCAGAGGAAGUUGUACGCUUGGGACAACUUCCACAUGGUCACCUACGAUGUCACACUGGGCAGGGCGAGAACCGGCAGCAGCUAAAGACAACACAGACAGACACUGCUGUUUACAGGACUGUGCUGAUGCAAGAGCAAAGGAAUGACAAUAAUUUGCAUUUUACUGAGGUUAUUGCAAAGCUAUAUGUUGUUGCUUCAUUAAAAUCUAUUUUUUUCUAUUAGUAUUGUAAAUAAGAUGGUAAAAAUAUAUUCGUAGAGCAGAUUAAUGUAGCCAUGAUAGUGUCCUUGAUGAUUUCAGGGGUUAUUACAAACAGUAAUGUAGCAGAAAUAUUUUUGUUAUCCGUUUAUCAUGUUAUUUAAGUUCUCAAUAAAAACAUUAAAAUUACA